AAGAAGAAAUUGACGUUAAAUUUAUUUAUAAGUUUUUAUAUUUGAAAUGAUUAUUUAUAAAAGAUAAAAGAUGUAAUAUUUUUUAAUACGCCUUUAAUUUAUUAUUUUAUACAUUAUUAUACUUAUAAUGGAUCAGAACAUGCCUCACAUCGAAAACAGUGGACAAAUCAAACCCAUCGAUGACGCCACAGUCCAUAAAAUUUGUUCAGGACAGGUAGUAUUAAACAUUUCCAUAGCCUUAAAGGAAUUAGUUGAAAAUUCCAUCGACGCUGACUCCAGUAUUAUUGAUAUUUAUAUCAAAGAAUUUGGCUCAGAAUCUAUAGAAGUUAUAGAUAACGGAACGGGAAUAAAAAAGUAUAAUUUUCAAAAUUUGACUUUGAAACAUUUUACCUCGAAAAUCCAACAAUUUAAUGACCUGGAACACCUCUGUACAUUGGGCUUUAGAGGUGAAGCUCUGAGCUCUCUAUGUUCACUUUGUGACGUCGAAAUCAGUACAAGGCAUUAUUCUGUUGAUACAGGCACAAGAAUUAAGUAUAACGCCGAUGGAAAAAUUAUCAGUGAAGAACUUGUUGCUAGACAACCUGGAACAAGUGUAAUAUUAAAAAACAUAUUUUCAACACUUCCCGUUAGGAGAAAACAAUUUUUAAAAACUAUGAGAAAGGAAUUUACAAAAUUAUGUACACUGCUUUAUGCCUACUGUCUUAUUCCAAGUGGAAUAAGAUACUCCUGUACACACACUACAAGUAAUGGCACAAAAACCAAAGUUGUGUCAACCGAUGGUAACAAGUCUUUAAGAGAAAAUAUUGUUAAUGUUUUUGGUAUUAAACAACUAGCCACAUUAAUAGAAAUUAAACUAGUCAGACCAGAAGAAGAAAUUCUUAAUGAAUUCUGUGUUUCUUUAUGUCCUGGAGAUGAAUUACCUUUUGAAAUAGAUUGUUUAAUAUCGACUGCUGUGCAUGGCAGUGGGAGAUCUUCUUCAGACAGACAAUUUUACUACAUCAAUAGACGACCUUGUGAACCUCACAAACUAAUGAAACUAGUCAAUGAAAUCUACAGACAGUUUAAUUCCAAACAGUAUCCUUUUGUUUAUUUAAACAUCACCACAAAAUCCAGCUUGGUUGAUGUGAAUAUCACACCAGAUAAGAGACAGAUAUUUUUGCAGAAUGAGAAGAUUUUAUUAGCCAUUGUAAAAAGUUCUCUACUUGAAGCAUUUAAGGAUCUACCUUCAACUUAUAAAAUGCAAAAUAUGGAUAUAUCCAGACAACUAAGUAAUAGCGGUGGUAAGGGCAUUAAAAGGAGUCAAACCGAAGGCAAUAUAAAACUGAGUUCUUUUAUGGAAAGAUUCGCAAAGAAAUACAAAUCGGAUGAGACAUAUAAUUCAAGUCAAAAAUUAACAAUUAAUCAAGUUAACGAUGAAAAAAAAAUGAAAUCUUUUGUGGACAUUGCUUGUAAAUUGUCAAAGAAUGGAGAUGAAGAAGAAAAGCUUAUUGAUGUGGAGGAAAAAGAUCGGACAGGUUUAUAUAGUAGUGAUACUGAGGAAGAUGUUAAAAGAACACAUAGAUUAAAUGAAUCUUGUAAUUCUACAGUCAGUCAAAAUGUUACUUUUACUCAAGUUAAAGUAGAGGCAAACUUGCAAUCUUUUGUAGACAUUGGAUGUAAACUAACAAAUGAAGAUGAUGAUGUUAAAGAAAAUCUUAUAGAAGUAGAGGAAAAACUUGAAAUAGUCUCAGAUGACGGUGAUACUAAUGCAAAUAACGCAUCUUCUGAUAGUCCACGUAAAAAUAUAGUUAGAAGAGGAGUUGUUUUGGAUGUAAAUAUAGAUACAUUGAAGGGACAUUUAAAAAAGAAGCUUGAAAAUGAUAAUUCAGAAAAAGAUAAAAAGAUUCAUUUUAGAUCGAAUUUGGAUCCGAAAAAUUGUAAAGACGCCGAAGAAGAAUUACAAAAAAAUAUUUCCAAGGCGGAAUUUGAAAAAAUGGAUAUCAUCGGACAAUUUAAUUUGGGUUUUAUUAUUACCAAACUGAACAAUGACCUUUUUAUUGUUGAUCAGCAUGCCUCGGACGAAAAAUACAAUUUCGAACAAAUGCAACUCAACACCGUUAUGGACACUCAAAAAUUUGUAGUGCCAAAAUUGUUGGAACUUACCGCGGCGGCCAAGAGCGUUAUAACGGAACACGAGGACGUGUUCCGGCGGAACGGGUUCCAUUUUAAAAAGGAAGUGGACGCGGAAGAUUCGCAAAAAGUCUACUUAACUCGAGUGCCCAUCAGCAAUAACGUGGUUUUUGGCAAGUCGGACGUCGACGAACUGAUUUUUAUGCUGCAAGACGACUCGAACUACUCGAAAAAUCGCGUUCCGUCCAAAGUUAGGGCUAUGUACGCUUCCAGAGCGUGCAGAAAGAGCAUUAUGGUAGGCAAAGCCCUGUCGCAAAAUGAAAUGAGGAGAGUUUUAGACCAUAUGGGCACUAUAGAUCAACCAUGGGGUUGGCGUAUUUACGAUUGUGGUCCAAAAAGUGUUCGAAAUCCCCUUAUUUGUUUGCCGCCAGUGUCUGGGAGUGCUGACGUAUUUUUUAGACAAGCACUAGGUCUAUCAGCAAGAAGUAUUCGGAUAAUUUUGGCAGAGGCACCUCCAUACUGGAAUGUUAAGGAUUGGUGUGAUGGUUUUAGGAAGUUGUUAGAUUAUCUUGAUUUAGACCGUGUUCAUAUAUUUGGAGCUUCUUUGGGUGGAUAUUUGGCUCAAAAGUUCGCCGAAUACACAUCGUCAUGUCCUAGAGUGGCGUCUCUAAUUUUGUGCAAUUCGUUUUCAGACACUAGUGUUUUUAAGGGUCACGAAAGUGCAGCUUUGUAUUGGAUGUUACCAUCACUAGUUUUAAAAAGAAUGCUUAUGUCUAAUUUUGAACCUGAACCUGCAAAGGACAUUGAUAUGGUUAGAACAGUAGAUUUUAUGGUUGAAAAGCUUGAAAGUCUUUCCCAAAGCGAGUUGGCAAGUCGCAUGACUCUGAAUUGCAUUAGAGGCUAUGUUGAGGCUCAUAAACUGACAGAAAUACCUGUGACAAUUGUUGAUGUUUUUGAUGAUGCCCCUUUAAGCUCUUCUGUAAAAGAUGAACUUUAUAAGUGUUACCCACAAGCAAAGUUAGCACACUUGAAAACAGGAGGAUUUUUUCCUUUCCUAAGCCGAAGUGCUGAAGUAAAUCUGCAUAUUUUGAUUCACUUAAGACAAUUUGACAAUACUCCAGCUGCUUCUUCCGACAAAUCUCUGCUGAAUCCUGUUUGAAUGUUUUGAUAUUUUUUGUUGAAUGUUUAUGUAUAUUCUAUUAUUUUAUAAUAUUGUUAAACGUUUUGAAACAAAUUUUAUAAAUAUAAGACUGAGUUAAAGGUAUAUUUACAUUACCUAAAUUAAAUAAUUGUUGUGGCAAAGUUCAGUGAAGAACAAAUAAUAUUCAUAUUUCAUACUGUUAACAGGGUCCUUAUUCUGACUGCAUUUCAAAAUGCGCAAAAAUCAUAUUGCAUUAAUAAUCUAUAUCUAUGACAUGUUAUAUUAAUGAAAGCACCAUAAGAAUAUAUAUAUAUAUAUUAUAUUUUAGUAAGCAAUAUGUACCGAAAAGUUUUACUAAGUCAAGUGUUAAGCAAUAAAGUAAUUUUAAAGUAAAAAUUAAUUUAAUUCUUAGUUGGUGGUAGAAAUGUUUUGCAAUAUCAACAUCUACAACUUUUUGUAAAAUAAACAUUUAAGCAUUUA